AUCGAAAACCUAACAUCAACCACACUACACCAUUAAUAUUGAUUUAUUUUAUGAAACUGACGCUUUCAAAGGAAUAUUAAUGACAUGGAUUUGGGUUUUUCCACUCUGAUCAAUAAUAAAAACGCUAUGUAUCUACAUAAUUCCCAUCCUAUUGAAUUAAAUAAUCCAAGUACUAGUCCAUAUCCAUUGGCAGGACCAUUUAUGUACAAUAAUGCCUAUCAUAAUUUCCCUACAAUGAAUGAAUUGAAUACCUCGUCAAAUCGUACAGAUCAUUCACCGACGUCAGAACAAAUAACAACAACAAUAACAACACAACCAUUGGAGAGAAUUUUAUCACAGUACAAUUAUCCACAUCAGUCGUUUCAUCAAACGUUUGGAAAUGAAGCAGUCAAAUGUACUAAAACCAGUGAACAGAUGAACUCAAAUCCUACAACACCAUGUGAUUUACGUAUUGAAGUAGGAGAAAAUGUCACCAAUGCUACAGAAAGUAUCCAGAAUCCACAGACAAGACUAGAUAAUAACGGCAAUAAUAAUAAUAACACUAAUUCAUGGCAUAAAUUGAAUUCAUCACAUCCAAUGUUUCCAUAUCAUGCUUCCCAGGUUGAUAAUGACACGUCAUCCAGUACUUAUAAUAAUAAUAUGAAUAAAUAUAUAAACAAUACAUCGAGAUAUUAUGAUCAAUACCUGUGUAAUUCAAUAUUUCCUCCUUAUGCUUAUGGUGGUUCCUUUCCAACAUCCUAUCCAACAUCGAAUAUGCUGUCAUCUAAUACAUCAUCACCAGUACUUCCACCGGCGCCAUCACAUCCUCAACAAUAUCUUGAUGAAUAUUAUCGACAACAAAUGGGCAUAGACGCUGGAAUUCCCAACACAAAACAGUUGCCAUUGAUGACGAAUCGGACUACUUUACUCCCAUCACAGUUUAAUUCGAAUCCAUUUUUGAAUAUUUCCCUCCUAGCAGUCAUUUUACACAAAAUAACAAUUGUGGUAUUACUGGCGCUGUGAAUCAUUCAAAAACACCGCCAGCAAUUAGUACUCCUGCCGCGACCACGACUACAACUAAGGAAAUGAAUCGUACACGUAAUCAUUUGAAAAGAAAAUCGAUACAUGAGGAUAAUUUAAAUAUGAUGCUUGUACAAGGUGAACGUAAGCCUCAUUCAUACCAUCAACAACAACAACAACAGCAUUCGAAUUCUUCCUUAUUUGAAUUGCCUAAUUUGUUAAAAAUCAAUAA